AUGGCGACCUCUACAGACCCGAGGCCAGAGAGCCAUGUCGAGCAGCCGGUCGCUGACAUUGAGAAGCAACAAGUCCUGCACCAGGAGCACUCUCAUGUCGUAGACGAUGACAAGACAGUUGCACCAGCAGUUGAUUACUCUGGAGCCACAGCAAAGACGGAUCCCGAAGAGAUCAAGCUCGUCAAGAAAUUGGAUCUCUGGGUUAUGCCGACUCUUUGGUUGAUGUAUUGGCUCAACUACCUUGACCGUAAUGCAAUCGCGCUUGCUCGCCUGAACGGCCUCGAAAAGCAGCUCGGUCUCUCAAGCGUCCAGUACUCAACAUCCGUCUCUAUCCUGUUCGUCGGCUACAUCCUCGGCCAGAUUCCCAGCAAUAUGGUUCUUACGCGCGUUCGGCCAUCACUGUACAUGGGCGGCUUCAUGAUGGCUUGGGCCGUUGUUAGCGCUCUAACAGCCGUCGUCCACGAUUACAAGGGUCUUGUCCUGACGCGAUUCUUCCUCGGCGUUGUAGAGGCUCCCUACUAUCCGGGAGCUUUAUAUAUCUUGUCCAUCUUCUACACGCGGAAAGAGUUGGCAACCCGAAUCAGCGUGCUUUAUUCCGGAAAUAUCCUAGCAACGGCCUUCGCUGGCCUGAUUGCGGCAGGGGUUUUCAAUGGCAUGGAUGGCACCGCCGGGCUCGCCGCCUGGCGCUGGCUCUUUAUCCUUCAAGGCGCUGUGACGUUCGCGAUCGCAAUGGUGGCGUGCUUCACCCUUCCCGAUGAGCCCCUGACGACCCGCUGGCUGACCCCUGAACAACGACAACUUGCCCACGACAGAAUCGCGCGGGAUACCGUGGGUGUACGCCUGCAGAGCAGCACCUGGGGCGGCCUUAAAGAAGCCUUCGUCGAUCCGAAGGUGUGGGUGUUCAUCUACAUGCAGCACAUGCACCUCGCCACGAACGGCUUCAAGAACUUCUUCCCCACCAUCGUCGAGACGCUCAACUUCAACACCACGAUCACCCUUGUUCUUACCUGCCCACCUUACCUCAUUGCUGGCGUUUUGUCCGUCGUCUGGGCUUGGAGCUCUGGGAAGCACAACGAGCGCACUUGGCAUAUAACCAUUUCCAAGGCCGUUGCACUAUUCGGCUUUGUCUUGGCCUGUGCCACGAUGAACACUGGAGCACGCUACUUCGCGAUGGUGGUCUUCACAGUGGGCACGUACGGAGUGAACAGCAUUUUGCUGGGUUGGGUUGGAAGCACGUGCGGGCAAACGAAGGAGAAGAAGGCUUCGGCGUUGGCCAUCGUCAACACGAGCGCAAGCAUCAGCUUCAUCUGGACUCCGUACUUGUGGCCAACAUCUGACGCUCCGAGAUAUGUCAUUCCGAUGGCCAGCAGUGCUGCCUUCUGUGUAGCUUGCGUUGCUGGAGCAUGGCUUAUGAAGUGGAUGCUCGUAUAA